UUAGUGUUUGAGAAACACUGAGCUGCGCGUUGGCGCCACCCAGUGGUGAACACGCGGUACAAUAAUCACAUGUUGCUCGACUGUCCUCUGACCGCAAGCUACUGUAGUAUGAAGUGAAAAAGCGUUUCAUUUCGAAGCGUGUGGUCACGUUAAAGAGAGCCGGGGCUUGAACUGAACACUAACUUGCGAUGUUUGCACACAGAUAGCUGGCGGUCACCGCUUUUACACCCGUUACCCGACUGUUGCCUGCGGUGGAGGAGAGCUGCAUGAGCGGCCAGUCAAGAUGGACACCGCCGAGGAAGCAGACAUCUGUCGGGUGUGUCGUUCGGAGGGGACCCAGGACAAGCCGCUGUACCACCCCUGUGUCUGCACCGGCAGCAUCAAGUUCAUCCACCAGGAAUGCUUACUGCAGUGGUUGAAGCACAGCAGAAAAGAAUACUGUGAAUUAUGCAAACACAGGUUUGCAUUUACACCGAUCUACUCUCCAGACAUGCCGUCCCGCCUGCCUGUCCAGGACAUCUUUGCAGGGCUGGUCACCAGUAUCGGAACAGCCAUUAGAUACUGGUUCCACUACACACUGGUGGCCUUUGCCUGGCUAGGCGUGGUGCCUCUCACCGCAUGUCGUAUCUACAAGUGUUUAUUUACCGGCUCUGUGAGCUCUCUCCUAACCCUGCCACUGGACAUGCUUUCAACACAAAACCUGCUAGCAGACUGCCUCCAGGGAUGUUUUGUGGUCACAUGCACACUGUGCGCCUUCAUCAGCCUCGUGUGGCUCAGAGAGCAGAUUGUCCACGGCGGCGCCCCUCAGUGGUUAGAGCGGAAUCAACCCCCUCUAGUUCCAAACCAGCCUAACGGUCCGGCACCAGCUAAUGAGGUUCCAGGUGGCAACAACGGCCAGGCUGCCGGAGACGGCGCAGAGGCCCAGCACCCUGCAGACCCGGCUCCAGAGGGACUGGAACCUGCCAACCCACAUGAGGCCGGCAACCACGGAGAUGAGGCUGAACUCGAUGAUGAGGAAGAAGACGACAACGGGGAGGAAGACGAAGAGGAGGAGGACGACGAUGAGGAAGGCAGGGAAGAGGAUGCUGCUGAGGCCAAUAAUGGGGGACAAGAAGAUUUGAACUGGAACGCCCUGGAGUGGGACCGUGCAGCAGAGGAGCUGACCUGGGAAAGGAUGCUCGGGUUGGAUGGCUCCCUAGUUUUCUUGGAGCAUGUGUUCUGGGUGGUGUCCCUCAACACACUCUUCAUCCUGGUCUUUGCAUUUUGCCCGUAUCACAUUGGCCAUUUCUCAGUGGUUGGACUUGGUUUUGAAGACUAUAUCAAAGCUUCACACUUUGACGGCCUCAUCACGACCAUACUGGGGUACAUCCUCCUGGCUGGAGCUCUUAUAGUCUGCCAUGGACUGGCUUCAUUAGUGAAGUUCCAGCGGUCCAGACGCCUCCUGGGUGUCUGCUACAUUGUUGUCAAGGUGUCCCUGCUGGUUGUCAUGGAGAUAGGCUUGUUCCCACUGAUUUGUGGAUGGUGGCUGGACAUCUGCUCGCUGGAGAUGUUUGAUGCAACUCUGAAGGACAGGGAGCAGAGUUUUGACUCGGCCCCCGGUACCACCAUGUUCCUCCACUGGCUGGUCGGCAUGGUCUACGUCUUCUACUUUGCCUCCUUCAUUCUUCUGUUAAGAGAGGUUCUUCGGCCAGGUGUGCUGUGGUUCCUGAGAAACCUGAACGAUCCAGACUUCAACCCAGUCCAAGAGAUGAUCCACCUGCCCAUCUACAGACACCUGCGGAGGUUUAUACUCUCUGUGGUAGUUUUUGGCUCCAUAGUUCUGCUGAUGCUUUGGCUUCCUAUCAGAAUCAUCAAGCUGCUCUUCCCGACCUUCCUUCCCUACAACGUCAUGCUUUACAGCGAUGCCCCGGUCAGCGAGCUGUCAUUGGAGCUGCUGUUGCUUCAGGUUGUUCUGCCGGCGCUGCUGGAGCAGGGUCACACUCGCCAGUGGCUCAAACGGCUCGUCCACGCCUGGACGUUCACCGCUGGAUACAUGUUUGACCUACACUCCUACCUGCUGGGGGACCACGAAGAUGAUGACAACCAACCAAACAACAACCCACCCGGUCGCCAUAACAACAACCGAAUCCCUGGCCUUGGGGAAGGGCUUCACGCUGCCCAUCAGGCCAUUCUGCAGCAGGGUGGUCCCAUGGGUUUCCAGUCGUACCACCGGCCCAUCAACUUCCCUCUCAAGAUUAUUCUGCUGGUGAUCUUCAUGUGUGGGACGCUGUUAACAGCCAGUCUGAUCUGCCUUACACUGCCAGUGUGUGCGGGCCGCUGGCUCAUGUCCUUCUGGAUGGGCAGUGCCAUGGUUCAUGAGCUGUACACAGCGGCGAGUGGUCUGUACGUCUGCUGGCUGUCCAUUCGAGCGGCCACUGUGCUGCUGUCCUGGAUGCCACAGGGACGAUCUGUCAUCAUGCUCAAAGUCCAAGAGUGGACGCUCACGAUCAUAAAGACCAUUGUGGUGGCUGUGAUGUUAGCCGGGGUGAUUCCUCUGCUGUUGGGUCUGUUGUUUGAGCUGGUCAUCGUUGCUCCUCUCAGAGUCCCACUGGACCAGACGCCUCUCUUCUACCCCUGGCAGGACUGGGCCCUGGGCGUGCUCCAUGCUAAAAUCAUUGCGGCCAUCACACUGAUGGGUCCUCAGUGGUGGCUCAAAACCGUCAUCGAGCAGGUGUACGCUAACGGUAUCCGAAACAUCGACCUCCAUUUCAUCGUGCAAGGGCUGGCUGCCCCGGUCAUCUGCAUCCUGCUACUGUCCCUCUGUGUGCCCUACACCAUCUCUAAAGGCAUCACACCACUGUUGGGUGUCCAGCCGGAGAUGCAGACGCUGGUGGAGAGGAGGAUCUAUCCGUUCCUGCUGAUGGUGGUCAUGCUGUUGGCCAUCCUGUCCUUCCAGAUACGACAGUUCAAGCGCCUCUACGAACACAUCAAGAACGACAAGUACCUGGUCGGACAGCGGUUAGUGAACUAUGAACGUAAGACGGGCAGGAGCAUGUCCACCUCCUCAUACAGCGCUUCCUCAUAGACCCGACGCUGCCGUGGGAUCAGUGGAGGCUGACUCACUCUGCUCGGCACUGAGAGCGAUCCUCAGCUCCUGUAGUGAAACCUUUUUGUUUCCUCUGUGCUCAGCUGUUAAAUGCCAAACUUCAAACACAGCCUCUAAACUUUUGACUGCAGUCCAGUCCUCUUAUUCACCAACAUCUGCUCCCGUCACAGGUUGGGAGACAAAGACGUUGAAGAGCGAAGACAAAAAAAAAAGCCUCAAAAGUCUAAACAGGAAAUUUUAAGUUUUUUUAUUUUUAUUUUUAUUUUUAAGUUGUUGACUGUCCAUCCUGCAGCUGACAUUUUAAGUUAUUUAAAAAGGUUUGGGUUCAAGUGUGGUCAGUUGAGCAUAGCUUUUACCUCCGAUCCUUUGAGUGCUUGUUGUGAAAUGUUGUUAGGUCACACGGAGUGUCUCUUAAUGAGACGUUUUUGACAUUUCAGAGCUGUGGAGGAGAUUUUAUAACGGGAACGCCUCUGUGGUUUUGUUCUAAGUGUUGAUUCAUCUCAAAUGACACCAUCAACUUGAGGUUGUCAGCGAUAAAGAGGGACAUACAUGAUGUA